CAAAUCAUGGAAUAAAUUUUUAUAUUUUGAAGAUUCAUAUGUUUUAUUUCAAUAUAGAAGAACGUCACCUAGUACUAUAUAUGCCCAUCAAUCAUAUAUAACGGCUCGAGGGCUGAUUCCACAAAUACGACAAUCAAGUAUGACUGACUCAUCGCCUGAACACGUUAUGUUUAACGUGCUAAAGAGUGUGGCCGCAAAUGGGGGAGGACCUAGAGUUGGCCGCUUAUCCAUCCCGAAACGGAAGACGAUAGACACGCCCAAUUUCUUGGGUCUCACAUCACGAGGGGCUAUUCCGCAUAUGACCCCUGAUGUCAUCGCUAAACACACUGAUCUCAACGGCUCAUAUAUGGCUCUGGAGGACUUUGUAGAAAAGUCCCAGAAGAGAGUCGUGCCCGCUAUCUAUAACGUACCUGAAUCAGACGGGAAGGAUGCUCUCCACGCGUAUACUGCUACACCUGCGCCGGUAGCCACAGUGCUUGGCGCUCGUCGGCAUCCGGCAGUGAUCGCCCCAAUGGGCAACGGAAAGGAUUAUAUUUCAAUUUAUACUUCGACGGGCUUCCAGCAGUUGAAGAACAAGGAUUAUUACCAUGCCGUUGAGAGGCUACAACCAGAUAUAGUGAUCCCCUUGGCCGACUUAACGUUUGGCAACUCACAUAUCAGGGAGAGGCUUCCACAUCCGAAGCGACAGAUUCGAAUGACGGAGCGGACGGAAGAUUGGUUGGCCGAAUUCAUUAAGCUGAAAAAUGCUGAGAACGGAGACCAAGCGAUGAAAUGUGGCGUCUUCGCCCCGUUGUUGUCAGUCUCUUAUCCAAUGCAGUGGGAGUACAUAACUCGUCUAUCCCAAGACUAUAUUGAACAUCUAUCUGGUCUGGCGGUAUAUGAUGCAGAUAUUUUCCCAGAUUUGAAUGGACAUAGUUCUUUGGAUCCUUUACCUCGACUUUCGAUGGACUUCAUCACCUCGCCCCACGAAAUUCUCCGGCAAAUCCGCCAAGGGCUCGACAUUUUCACCGUACCAUUCAUUAACACUGUCUCAGAUGCCGGGAUUGCUCUCACUUUCUCAUUCCCGCCCCCCACGUCAUUAGUCUCAAGCCUACACCCACUAGGAAUAGACAUGUGGUCGCAAGAUCAUCAGAUAUCGCUGAAACCGCUCGCAGACGGAUGUAAAUGCUACGCUUGUACCAAACACCACCGCGCAUACAUCCAACACCUGUUAAAUGCGAAGGAAAUGCUUGGGUGGACACUUCUUCAAAUCCAUAAUCACCACGUCUUAGAUUCGUUUUUCGCGGCAAUCCGAGCUACGCUUAUAGCAGAACCGUCGACAUUCGAACAGGACUGUGAAAACUUUUACAAGGCCUACGAAUCCGAGUUUCCGAAGGGUACCGGAGAACGGCCACGAGCUCGUGGAUAUCACUUCAAGGCUGAAGGAGGACAAUCAAAAAUAAAUCCUCCAGCAUGGGAAAAUUGGGCCGAAGACCCAGCGCUAGCCGGAGAAAGGGCAGGUCUUGCUGUGACAGGAGCCACUGCCGAAGGGAAAGAGACUCCAGUCGUUCCCGAUCCCAGCGCCGAUGCUAAAGACUUAGACAAGAAAGGAUUUGCUGAAAUAGAUCGGUGAGCUAGCAAUGGCUGGAUAUGUCAUUUAUAACUCUAUGGCCUAGCAAACAGCUUGCCUUCUUCACGACCGAACGAGGCCUAAACGGCGAGAUCGUUCGAUGCCCCUUAUGAGUUCGAUAUGUGGAGCUAUUCGGUCGCCAGGUUAGCAUCCGAUGAUACCCCAUUCCUUAAUGCGUAGCCAUAGAAUUUUUAAGGUUCCCAAUAGCUUGGAACCAAGGUGAAGAUCUGCAUGCACGGAGCAGGCGCUGCCAUUGGCCUAUCGCAACCCACUGCAAGGGCGGGUGCUCCCGGAUGCUCCCUACGACGAUGUUUUUGACCACAGGUCAAAGCUAGGUAUCUAUGAACACAAAUUCCAAAG